AUGCCGAUGGUGCCGUGUCCAUGUCCCGCUCUGUGCGUGUCCUUGUCUUUGACCUGUUUACCCAACGCUGAUGGUGCCAUGGCCAUGUUCCGCUUUCAGAAUUCUAUACUGAUGGACUGGAUGAGUGGCAAUCCACCAUCGAGCUCGCAAGUCAAAUCCUUCAACGCUACCCUCCACAUUGCAACCCUCACUCGGAUUUCCGAACGCGGGAAAAAAAAAGUAUCACGCGCUUAUGGCAUGGCUUUUCAAGGCUGUCAGCGUGUCGCAGAGCAUGUUACUGCUGGCUGGUUCGGGGAGCAACCUCGACUACCUUGA